UGCGAAGGCGAGGACUGCACGUUUUUCUCCAGGAUACCAAAGAUUGAUGGCAGCAGUUGCAUCACACUCGAAUUAUUUACGAGCGCGUCCUCCAUUUUAGUCGAUUUUCUUGGUGAGCAUUAUUAUUCCGAAAACUUACGUGGAAUAUUUAGUGCUGUGGGGGAAACGAUUUUAUCUUGUCAAAGCCGACGUCGAUGGAAACAUAAAGAAAGUGUCCAACGCCGUCCGAGAUCUGAAUGCCACUCACCUAAGGGAUAUGUUACAGCAGGAACAAACUUUACAUCUAUCCAAAAAGGAUUCUUCUGGUUCAGUUGGACUACUCUGGCUCAAACGAACCUACGAAUUUUUAAUCCGAACCCUCUGGCAUUUGUCCCAGUCUACCAGUGCUGAUUCCAUGUAUGAUAUUAUCAUCAAAGCUUACGAUGAAACGCUGACAAAACAUCACAACAGACUGAUGCGACACACCUUUAAGCUUAUUCUACAUUCAUUACCAAAGAGAAGCGCGUUCAUCAAAAAAUUGGCUUACGAUCAUGACGGUUGCGAACGUCAGGUACUAUCCGGUGCUGCCAAUUGUGUGAAGAUGCUCCAACCGAUAGUUGCCAAAUUAAAUGAAUUACUUUUGGAAUUUCAGCUAGAAGAUAUUUCUUGAUUUUGUUCACGGUGACUUUAACCAGAGCUCUGUUCUACAUUGCCAUAUCGAAGUAUCCGUUCUUAGUUUCAACAUGUCUGUGAUUCAUGCGUCGUCCAGAUGCUGUUUCAACAUGCUGUGCACGCCCCCUUCUAUUCAGCUUUCAUUUUGUCUUUCCCUUUACUUCGGGGCUUAUAUUAUCCCUGAAAUUCCGUUUAUAACUUUUUGCCAAUUUAUCAUCUGGCUUGCAUUUUACCAAAGAUAAACCUGUAGGUCAGUCAUUUUGUCCUCAUUCCAUCACAACAGUACGCUCAGCUAUCUUUUGUACAUACUCUUGCGCCUAGCCUUUUUAAGACGAGAAAUUAUUGUCUUGUAAACUCA